GGGGUGUUAGCUCCCACCAGGGUAGUAUCGGUUGAAAAGGGCUCGAUCCGCGGUGUUUACGGGCUCUUUGCUUCGCCCGCUAGCCUCGGCGAGCUACAUCACCCAGCAAGAAUGAAUUGUUCCGCUGACACAUAUUUGCAGAUCCCGCUCCUGUGCGUGUGUCUGUCCACGGCCCGUGACACAGCCGUGCACAGCUGCCGUGCUUCUUUCACACGGAGCUCUUCUGAGACGUGUGAGCGCAGGUUUAGGACAGACCACCGGGGCCUCUCCCGACAGCGGCCAGCCUCGGAGCCCCGGGGAAGGAGGCAGGGCAACCGGGCUGUUGUGUCCCGACCGCCGCCUCCUCCUCACCGCGUCUGUGUCCGUGUUUACAGAGAUAAGACUCCGACAAAAUCACGCAUCUGACGGCUGGGACGGUGAAUGUAAGAGAUCCAAGUGCCUUUGUCAUCGUAGUGGACUAAUGGACAUGGAAAUGUUAUUUCUUUGCCGCAUUUCGUGACUGUAAAAUAAUAAUCAACCUCCACCUUUCUCCCCAGUCUCCUCCUGUGGACUCCUCAGGAUACUGUGGAAGAAUGUACUCUACAUACAAUUGAAGUUCUAGUUCUCUAAAGACGAGGUUUCCAGAGGCUUCUGGUGUGAAAGCUCUCCCUUCUCCUGUCCUGGCCUGCACGUGUGUAGGAGCACACCUGGACCAUGGACCUGUCUGUAGCAUCAGGCUUCAAACCGAAGCCAGCUUUCCUGCCUGGUGAAGCGUCCGAGCUCCCUGACAGAAGCCCGCUGGUCGACCCCCAGACUGAGGGUCCACUCUCCCCUGGCCCUGACCAGCCUUCCCCCCCUGCUGCUGCCUCUGUGGAUUCCACCUUUCCUUUUGACCAUGUAAACGAACUGGACGGAACUGCCAUUUCCUCAACAUCUCCUCCAUCGUCUCCACUGCCCAAAGACACUAAACAACCAAGAGAAAUGUACGAUCCAUUUUCUCCAACUGACGGUGAGAAAGAGGAAAGGGCGGGAGGUGAAGAGGAGGUAGCCGAGAAGUAUGACCCGUUUGAGCCCACCGGUUCCCCUGCAUCAGACCACGAUAUGAGCACUGAGGAUUUGAAGAACCAGGUAGAAGAAGUACAAAAUGAUGAGUCCACCAAAAUGGAAGAAGGUGUAGAAGAACCUCCUGAUUCUACAGAUGCAUUGGUGGACUCUCCCAAGCGCUCCCCUGGUCUGCUGACUCUGCGGAGGACAGUGGACUGCAGCACCAUCAAAGAGGAGCACACGGACUCAGAACACUCGGAGAUAGAGGAGGGGGAGAUAGUGGGACUGGCCGACCGCGAGGCUGGGCUCAAACGGCCAAUUGUAGAAAGCCUCUCUGUCAACUCUCCAAGCUCCACCUUUUUCAGUUCGAAACCCGAGCGGAUCCUGCGUGUCCUGGACGGCGACGGGUUCGUGUCGGUGCGGGCUGAUCCGGACUGGCCGGUUAACAGGGAGCACGAGGAGGAGCCGGUGGUGGGAGUGGAAGACCUGAGGAGGAAGUUGGUGAGCAGGCGGAAGGAGAGGUACAUCACGUUUCCCGGAUCCUCCAUCACGCUCACCACAGAGACAACCCCACCCUCCGGGCACCUACACAGCCCGCCGCCAACACCACCGCAGGCCCCGCUUGACGAGGAGGAUGGCAAGACACGCAAGUCUUCCAAGAGCUCCAACGACCGCGACAGGCAAAAGAGCAAGGAUAGGAAGAGUGGAGCAAAAGAGGAGAAGAGGAAAAAGAGGAGGAAGGAGAAACGAAGUGCGCACAAGAGCAAAGAUGGAGCAAAGGACGAUCUGAAAAGCACCAAGGAGGCAAAGUCUAAGGGCUCCAGCCGCAGCCGCAGCUCCAAAAGGAAGAAGCGACAGCAUGGAAGCCCGGAUCCCGCGGGGGUAGAACGCACAUCCAGGGUAUCACCGGAGCGCUCCCGGGACAGGCCGAGGGACGCAAGCAGACACAGGGACAGAGACCGGGACAGAGACCGGGAUCACAGCCGGGACAAGAACAGGGAACUAGACCGGAGUCGAGACCGCAACAGUGAGCGCAGCAGGGACAGACAUCGAGAGCGCAGCAGAGAGAGGACGCGAGGAGACAGAGAGAGGAGCAAGGACAGAGGAGACAAGGAGAGAAGCAGAGACAGGGACAGAUACUGGGACAGACACAGGGACCGCGACAGAGAUCAUAGAGACCGUCGAAGCCAAAGAACUGAUGAGGGCGAUUCCAGGGGCAGCAGGAAGAGGGCGCACGAGUCUAGAAGCCGUGAGCGAGACGGUUCAAAGCGGUCCAGAAGAAGCUCUGAAAAGAACGAAGGAGACCGAGAAAGACACCGGGACAGAGACAGAGAGAGGGACAGAGAGAGGAGGCGAGACGGGCGCCCAGUGGUCCCCCCGUCUAUACAGGACCUUAACGGCUCCGACCUGUUUGCCAUCAAGAGGACGAUCACGGUCACCACUACCACAACUACCACCACUGUCCCGGGCUCCCCACGGCUUGCCCCAGGGUCCCCCAGCAGGUCACCUCUGGACAUGGACAAGUCUCACCGGAAAAAGAAGCGGAAAGGACGCUCAAGUCCUGAAGACAGAGGACACCCCAGUCGUUCGCGCUCGCUCUCACCCCCGCGCUACCACAACUACGAAUCUGACCGCUACUCGGACAAACUGGACAUCGACGUGCUGUCCUUGGAUGGAGAGGCACUGGACUCGGACUAUCCCUCCUUAGAAGACACACCCCCACCAGCUCCACCCCCUCCUUUACCCAGUCCCAAAGCCAAACCCACAUCCAAGACUGGUCAACUAAAGAGGAAGUCACUGAAGAAGAAUUCUGAAUCCUCUAGAACCAAAAAUAAAGCCCUUACAGGGUCUGCGGCAUCAGAUAUCACACCUGUUUCAUCUGGACUUCCCGUGGUCAAACGAACGCGCAAGGUGAAGGACAAAACCCGCGACAAGGGAAGUCGGAAAGAGCUGAGCCGCUCCGGCAAGUCGAAGAAGGAUGGCACCACCAGCCGGAAAGGCAAACUACAGUCCAAGGUGUCUGUGCUGGUGCGUGAGGGUGUCAGCAGCACCACAGGCUCCUCUGGGAAACUGGGCAUGGACCUGUUGGGGAGCGGAGGACCCGGGAGUGGGGCAGGUGGGUCGGUGGUGGGCGGCUCUAUUGCAGUCGUAUUUUGCAGAGACAAUGAGAGCAGAUCUCCAUUCCUCAAGCCCUGCUCAGAGCCGCUCUCACUGGGAGGACGAGGCAAAGAUUUGAGCUCCAUAGGGAAGCGCAGUAGCCUGGCUGCUCCACCGUCCUCCAUGAGUAGUCCAGCCACUAUUCCAUCUCAGAAGGCCAAGCCUGGCUCCAUCACCUCCACCUCCUCAUCAGCCUCGUCGCCCUCUUCUUCUCUGGUGACAAAAAGGCGGCGCCGCCUGGUGAAGAAGACGAGAGAGAAAGGUGGGGCUGGUGGUUCCAAAGCUGAAGAGGGUGCUCAGGGUGCAGCCAGUGCCUGGGUAGGAGCCUCCACAGAGCCUCUAGCCACGUCCGGAGAGGUGUGCAAAGCUGCCAGCCCUCACCCGGGCCCUGCUGGCUCUGCGCCCUGCUCCUCCUCCUCUUCCUCCUCCUCCACCAGUGUGCUCCCUCCCUCCUCCUCACCCCCUCCCUCUCCUCCUCCCUCAGCAGCUCCCAUGCGGGACAUGAGGGAAUCCUCUCCAGACUCUCAGACUGUGGACAGCAGCUGUAAAACUCCAGAGCCUUCAUUUUUGGUGGAGGAGUGCCCCUCCCAAACCAGUCCCACCACGCCACCCUCAUCCAGUCCCUCCAUCAUGCCCACGUCCCUGGGCACUGGUCUUAGCUUGACCCCCACAGACCCCCCGAAGCCCUGCAGCCCUCCCCCUUGCCCCUCCUCUUCUGCUGUCUGUGGACUGUCUUCUCUCUCCUUGGACCCCUCUUCUUCCUCUGUGUCCUCAUCCUCAACCAACAAACCUCCACCCCCUCCACCUCCCCCCACUGCUCCUGCUCUGCCCUGGAGCCUGCAGACCGGGGUGGACUGCACCGCGGGAGGCGUGCUCGCGUUGACUGCCUUACUCUUCAAAAUGGAGGAGGCGAAUAUUGCCAGCAGGGCCAAAGCGCAAGAGUUCAUCCAAGCUACUAGCCAGAUUCUGUCCCAAGCCAAUCAGAGCCAGCCUACCGCCUCGGCCUCGUCACAAGUCCCGCCCGCGCCCUCGCUCCCGCCGCCGUCUCGUGUCAGCCCCGGGCAGUUCAUCCUGCACAACUCCUCCCACCUGCACCCAUGCGCUCAAACUCCGCCCCCGGUUGGGCUCUCAGGGCUCAGUGGGAGUGCCGGGGACUCGGGCUGGGAUAAUGACAACAAAGACCCUGACAAGUAUCUGAAGAAGCUGCACACACAGGAGAGAGCAGUGGAGGAGGUGAAGCUGGCCAUCAAACCAUACUAUCAACGCAAAGACAUCAACAAGGACGAGUACAAGGACAUUCUCCGCAAAGCAGUGCACAAGAUUUGUCACAGCCGUACUGGAGAGAUAAACCCAGUCAAAGUGAGCAACCUGGUCAAGCUGUAUGUUCAGAGAUACAAGUACUUUAGAAAGCAUGGACGCAAGAUGGACGGGGACGACAGAGAGGACCGGGAACCUGGGGGUCUGCACUCCUCUGCCUGAACCUGGGUGGACUGUCCCAGUCUGAUGAGGACUUCCUCUGAGGGGAUGACCAGCCUGGGGAGACUUUCCUCCUCUGCCUUGUAGUGCAUUGGCUCUCAUAGACAUGCUUUUGGGUCCGUCCAUAUGAAACCAGCCGCCCUCUCCUAUGAGCAUUCUCAGAUUUGGCUGAAAAUUAAAUUCUAAAAAUUUCUAAAAUUACCAAAUGAAAGAAUCUAAAAUUUUAGCUCAAUCCCUUCAGUUGUUCCUGAGUUAUGGCCCGUUGAAAUUUUGGGGUCAGCUUCCUAGCUCUAUUAAGUUAUGGUCUCUUAAAAAUGCUUAUAAAUUAAGGUGUCCGAAAAAGUGAGCAUGGCCCCAAAAUUUCAACGGGCCAUAACUCAGGAACGACUGACGGGAUUGAGCUAAAAUUUUAGAUUUUUUCAUCUGGCAAUUUUAAAAAUUUUUAGAAUUUUUUUCUGCCAAAUCUGAGAUGGCUCAUAGGGGAGGGCGGGGACGGACUCUUUUAUCUUAUCUUUUAGAAGUCUCCGUCUUGUUGCUGUGAUCUGACUGUAAAUAUGUUUCACACACAGAUACACACGUUGGAGAAUGGAAGCAGUAAACUUGUGUGUACUGAGACAAACUGUGCAAUAAAUGGCCUUUGUGAUGUAGAUCUUUUUCAGCAGUGUUUUUGAGGGGCCUCUUGUGUCCUUCACUCGCUCCAUGCUUUAGAAGGCCUAUACUUUUCUGCAGUCCUGUUCCUUGUCAUGACCAUCAUGUAUGUUUUUAUAUAAAAAUCAUCUGGAGUUUGUCACAUUCACAUUUGUUUCCACUUUGUGACUGUAAAAUACACUACAUAGAAUAUCAAAUUGAGCAUCUAUAAAGAAUGUGUUCCUCA